AGUGCCUGACUUUUACGUAAGGGAAUGGCGCAGGCUAAAGAUGCUCACGCUCCCAGUUACUUCUGCUAUCGAUGAAACUAAAUCUAAUCCAUUUAAUCACUUACCAAAGAUGCGUUUCCAAUCAGAGCACACCACUACUGAUUCAGCAUUUCCACGACAUUCUUCGCUACUUUUCUUCUCUGUUUUCUUCAUUGUAAGCCAUUUUGUGUCUUCCUUGCAUUUACUACUACUCAUGAACUCAAAGUCACUCCAUCAAAGCCUCGGGCUAUUGGCUCUUGGCCCCACCUAGGCGGAUAACUACCCCCCGUAAGGCGUGUUGUUGUCCUCUUUUCUUGGUAGUUAACGCCCAUCAUGAUCCACCAUUGUCGCACUUCCUUCCACGUCUUUGCUGUUUGCUUUUGAACGUCUUCAUUUGUGUUAACUUGCACUAAACUAGCUUGACUCCACGUUUUUGACCUAAUUAGACACCAGAAGCAAAGCACAGCUUAGCUGAGGCCUGGCGUGUGUUAACUUGGGCUACAUUCUCACCUCCUUAGUAUUUUGCUUGGCCUAAACACGGCGCAGCUUCCAACUUGUGUUAACUUGAACUAGGUGAGCCGUGUCGCGUUGUUUCGACGAGACUAAACACUAGCUUACAUCUGUGUUAGCUUGAGUGUCUUCCUGUUUGUCCCGUUGUUUUGACUUCACUGCUUCCGCUGUCCAUUUGUGUUAACUUCAAGUAAACAAGCAGCUAAACACAUUGGUAACAGUAACAAAAACACACACUACGAGCCUCCCUGUCAAUACGAAUUCAACCUAUGGAACAUUACACUUUCGACGUUGUUAA